AUGAACCCGAUCAACCAACAUCCGAUCCACGCCUGGCUGUCAAACGUGCAGGAGGGUGAGCCAGUGGACCACUGGCCACCAUCUCCGAGUCCAGGCAUUGCUCACCAAGAACCGUGCAACAUGCUCACCACUCCAUACAGGAGGCGCCCGCGUAGUGCGCAGCGUGGUUCCGAUAGUCAUGCUCGAGUUUGCAAGUCUUCGAUUCCUCGGGGAGGCGAAGACACAGACAAGGCUCGAGGGCAGGACUACGGACGAAAGCCCAGGCACAAAACCCGGGAAGACCGGUACGAGUAUAAAGCUCCCACCUCGGCAGCAAAACGUGCAUUGGAGACCGAGAGACCCAGAACGAAACGACAGCGACGGGGCAGAAAACACACCCUGAACGAGGAUUUUCAAGCGGCCAACGUCGUUCAUUCGCGGCUGACGCUCCAUCAAAUUCCGAAAUUGGGAUUUUUCAACAAGGCAAAGACAUCGUCACCGGUCAAACCUAGGCCAGCCCGGGGUGCAAUGAUGUUUUCCGAGACGAAUUUCCUGGCACGAAGGAAAGACCAUGGGACGAAACCAACGCCUUCUGUCAUCCAGAGCAGUUCGAAGAAAAAGAAGGGGAAGAAAACCCACCUCCUUCAGGAUCUGGUUGAAUACAACUCCUCGACCCCCAACAACAGCAAAAGGGAAGCAGAACCGCCAUUGAGUCGCUGGUGGCCUGCUGUAGACGAGCCGCGACCACUAGCUGAUGAUUUUCACCAGCAACUUUCAACGAAUCCUAAUCGAGAUGGAGUUCGGAUCUUUGAGUCUGUCUCUUCGCAUAUCCCCCCACGGGCGAAGCAGGAGAAGGAAGAAGGAAAAGCCAUUCAGGAUGCCUGUUCCGGCAAUCUCUGCAUCUGGUCGGAUAGUGCGCCGCACAGCACCCAAGGCUACGCAUUGCAGGAGCAUCUGCUUAAUACUCUGCACCAUGGUCUGGACUUCGGUGUUAAAGAGCAAAGCCCACUACCGCAUGCUUCAAGAGAGUACCUGGAUCUCGAGCACCUGAAGGUGAUAAUGGAAGAGAGACAAAGGCACUGGAAGCCAUCUUCUAGCAAAGAUGGUCCAAGUGCCAGAAGAGACUCGAUGGUUCCAAGGAAACGCAGGCUUUCCUCCAUCUGUUUCCAUGAGACUGUUUCGACUCGGGCGUUCUGCACCGAGCAAAAUGACCAAACCAAGGUCAAUCCUGGCGAAGCUUCAGGAGCAGACCAGACUGAUUAUAUCGAGCCUCCGCAAAUUCGCGGCGUAGAGGGAGAGAUCGAAGACCUUCAAUCGCCUUCAUUUCCCCGUUUUUCCAACCCGACAUUGGGACCAGAGUUCGCUGAACUCAUUCUCAAUAAUGAUGAAGAAGCGUUCUGGCAUACUCUCGACAUGGCCUACUCAAUGGUGAACUCAGAGCACACUGGCCAAGGGGUUUCUCGCCGCGACUUCGGUGAUACUUUGUCUCAGGCCCAAGACUUAACGAGAUAUGACUCCCCAGAAGUAGCGCUUCUUGGCUUGCUUGACGCACCACAAACUGAGCAGAUGGCCACCAUGACCUUGGGUUAUUCUUCGCUGCUUUCCCCCACUGCUCGAGUCGAAUAUGUCAUUGAACCAUAUGAAGUGAACCGUCUUCACGGGAAAGCGCCAUUAAAUCAUAAAGGACAUGAAGAGACAGCUCGGGUACCGCGGCUAAACAGGCCGUAUCAUCCAGAUGCUUUUGCGACGGCCCCACACGUGGAGCUGGAGGUGGUGUUAAGAACGUCGUGGGUAUGGCGAAGAAACCAACUAUACUGA